AUGCAAGCAACACAGGUAACAUACAGUUUGUCUAAUUUGUAUACAGCGCACUGCAUCCCUGGUGAUUUUCACAUAUAUUUUAGCCUUGGCUUGUUGAUUGACAUGGUUAAUGGAAAUAUUGGCAGAGUCACCACUCUUGGAAACCAUUAGGUACUUUCUUCUCAAGCCCUUUCUUACCGCCAGUGUCAAGUCAUCCUGUAAUAUUUUGUGUACACAUUUCCCCACCACUAGAUCCAUAAAGAUAUCUGCUUCUAAUGCUCCAUACACACAUGAUUUAGCUAGUUCCGUGCACUAUCAUAUGCAUCUAUAGAUUUAUCAGGGGUGUGUUUUCUAUGUCCAGAUAAGCCUUCCCAUCAUAACAUUUCUAUGUGGUAUGAAAUGCAGCUGUAGCUGGUGCAAAGGUGCCACUUCCUUUUGGCAAAUAGCAGGAGUGUGGUAAUCUAUUGUACUGGAGCUUCCAGUCAGUUAUUUGUUUCAGGACUGGUGCUCCUCACACAUUCAAGUUUUUGUAGUGUUCAUACAACAUUGUCGGCACCAAGACACCAGCCCAUAGUUUUCCUCACCUAAUCUGGGAAAUACCAUUUUUUGAUGUAAUCUAAUAUAUUUUUUGCCAGUUACCUGCUUAUGAUAUCUCAACAACCCAUUUGCAAAUUAAGCUCCCAGCUGGGAGCACUCACUGUAGCUGUGUUGUAGUCAUGUUGUACUUUGAAGAGCAUUAUUUACCUUGUCCAGUUUGAAUUUUGUAAAUGAGUCACAGUAUUAACAGUGUUCCAAGAUCCCACCUUCAUUUGCAGAUGGUUGUAUCCCUUUGAAGUUUGUCUAACAACAAAAUCUCUUGUAGAUGGUUAAUUGUUUUAGCUUCUGAAUUCCUCUAACAGUAUUUCUAAUCUCUAUGUUUUUCUUAACCCUUUGCCUAGCUCCUACUUUCUGAUUCCCUUUGCUUCCUAUAUCCCUUAACAGAGACUUCCGGAAAGUGUAGUAUGGAGUGUAUAUAAAAUGGAUAACUUGACAACAGUCAAGCAUUUGAGUGCAAGUGCUGCGUUCUUUCCCCCUGAGUGCAAGCAAAGAGUGAUCUUUCUGCUUGUUGCCUCGGUUAGAAAUAGUUUCCUGCCAAGCUACUGGGGUGUUUAAAGGCAAAGCACAGAGGUUCAAAUCAAGGGUGCUGAUCUUUUCCCUUUCUCAGUUGGGAAACUCUGGAUGUGACUUGAAGCCGAGGAAAAAGCAAAUGUCACAAGAAUGCAAAAAGAAAACACCUACCCUGAUUCAAAAUUAUCUGUCCCAAAUAGAUUGAAUCGAAAAUACCUUUCUGAAAAGAAACAAAUUAACUGAAAGCUAUUUUUAAAACAAAUGCAGACAGUUUGUUCAAGGAUGCCACAGAGCUGGCGAUCUAGAUACGGUAUUUACAAUUGUGUCCCAAUGAAAUGACACACCCGUCUGCAUCUUCCAAACAAAAUCUAUAAUAGAUCAGAAUAAAAGAUGCUGUGCAGCAACUCUUUAUGAGAUGAGAGAUCCUAAUUAAGAUAAAUGUUACUCUGAGCUGUAAUUAUGAAAAAGUACCUACUGUGGAGGGACAAUACUUUAACUUCAAUAAUUAAUUAGUCAUAGCUGGAACCUGCCUAAUUCCUUAAAUCAAUCUUCAGUUUGAAUUACUUUUUUAGUCUUCAACUUGUUGUUUCAGAUGGUUAAUGACUAGCUACCGUGUAUGGCUCCUUGGAAAUAGAUUUUGGAAUUACAUGUCAUCCCACAUUUUUCUCUCUCAAAUAGCAAGAUGUAUCAUUAUUUUAGCUUGCUCUGUUCACAAUCUCACCAUUUUAAAUUUUCCAUAGAAUCUGAAUAUGUAAUGCAAUGGCAGAUGAAUGUUUAGGGCACGGUACAAUGACCAUUGCAUUGGUGUACUGCCACAAUAUGAUGGCUCCAUUGGGAGGAUGGAGCUAAUUCUAUGGUUCUUGGGUUCCUAGCCCAGGUUUAUUAUGGUGUUGCACAUGUUUAGGGAAGUUUUUAAUGUCUGAUGUUUUACCCCCUUUUUAUUAUUAUAAUUAAUUCUGUUGGGAGCCGCCGAGAGUGGCUGGGGGUAUAAAUAUAUUAUUAUUAUUGUUGUUGUUGUUGUUGUUAUUAGCAACAACAUUGGGCUACAGUAUCUAAAGAGUUCCUAUUUUUUAAGUUCAGAAUGACCAGUGUCCAGUCUCAAGUAUCUCAGAACAGAAUGAUAAAAUCAAAGAAAUAAUGAAGUAUAAUGUCAACAAAAGUUGGGAGAUCCUGAGAGGUAUGCAGAGAGGGCUGCUGUGAGCGGGGGAAAUCAGGUGGUAGCAUGAUCUUGCCCCACCUUCCAUGUAUAGAAUGAACAUCCAGAAGGGAUGUCAUAGAUUCAUCGAAUCAUUGAAUCAUAGAGUUGGAAGAGACCACAAGGGCCAUCGAGUCCAACCCCCUGCCAAGCAGGAAACACCAUGUGUGGAAUUGCCAGGAAAAAAAUCCUUCGUGAAACUCAUUUAGCUUCCCUCAGAAUUCCUUGGACAUUUUGCCCAAAGAAGGAUCUCCAAACUUGCUUCACACAUUUACUUUUGGUCAUUUAGGUACCACAUGUGCAGCUCAGGAGAAUGCCGUUCUUGCUUAAUAGCUCUGAAGCUGAUAUUAAUCAAGGGAACAGCCAAAUUAGAUAACCUUUAUCUUAUAAAUAUAAUCUUCCUUCAUUCACAACCCUGCCAUCAUCUGGGAGCCAUUCUGGCACUUAAAAUAUCAAGUGUGAAUAACCUCAUUUCUUUAAAAUAUGGCUAUUCCUCUGUUUCUUAAUAGGAGAAAUAUUUUUUGCUUUCCUUUACUGCUGUAUUUCUCACAUUAUAUUAUAUGGAUCCUAACUUCCAUUUUUUGAAAGAAACAAGAAUCCACAUUCAUGGAACAGGUCUUUCCCACCGCUCUAUUUCUUCCACAUACCUCUGGGGGAAAAAAUGCUUCUGUGCAUUGAGAGACCCUCAGGAAUGAUGUAAGGCAGGUAUGGCGAACCUGCAGCCCUGGUAUCUGGGAUAGAGUUAAGUCCAGCAACAUCUGGAGGGCCACAGAAUCCCAUUCCCUGGUGUAGGUGAUGGUCCGAGACAGUGCUCACCACCUUUUUUGGGUCUGGGGGCACAUUUUGAAUUUUCAGGAGAUGCUGAGUGCAUCAGCCAGAAAUGGCUACCACCAGGAAUAUGACCUUUCACAAAAUGGCUGCCACCUCCAAAACAAGCAGGAAAACUAAAGACUCAGGAAGAUAAAAUAGUUCAGUUAUGGAAAAAACUAUUAUUUUUGUUGUUGUUUGAAAAACUUUUUUUUUCUUAGGCACUUUUAAGUUGUAGGGUUCACCCAAUUGCAAACGUUCCAUCUACAGAAGCAUUGCAGCUUGCUGGUUUGAGUGAUCCCCCCAUCUCCUCCCCACAUGGGUCAAUAAAACAUUUUCCUCUCUAAUAAUAAAAUACUGGAGUAAUUAAUUUGCAAAGAAGGACUGAGAGGCUAACCUUAUUGGUCAGGAGCCAAACAUGUGCAUGCCAUGAUCUUCUGAGCAUGCACUGAGGCCUUCCUCAGUUUCCUUUCAGGCAUACUUCCUUAUGCCACAUCUAAGGUUGCUCCCAAAGGUCCCUUCAGUUUUGGGAGCACUUGGCCGUCUUGCAUAAUCCCUGCACAGCAGUUCAGAUGCUGGCCACUGAAUGUAAGCUUUUGAAUUAUACCUUCUUCUUUAGGGAUAAAUGUUCAAGGCAAAUGUAAAGUAAAAAAAAAAAAAGGUGCUGGUACAACCCUAGGCUGCCAUUUACCUACUGAAAAAGCCUGGUGCUGCUUAGAACAAAUGAAAUAUGAGGCCAGAGCAGGCUGUUCUAAUUAGGAUGCAAAUAGCCCUGCUGUACAGCCCUUGAGUUAACUGGCCUUUUAGAGUCAAAAGUGAAUGAAAAAUGUUCAGCAAAAGAAUAUAAUAUUAUAUAUACUCUAUCCCUAGUUCCCUGUGGCCUUACAGGAUCCUUGUAAAACAAAGAACAGUUUUACCAAAAAGAAAUAGUUAUUAUAUUAGCAUGAUUAAUUUAGGAUAGUUCGCUAAAUAGAGUGAUCCUUUGAUUUGGUUUGAUGGUAUGGCCUAUUAAUGGAAGGGUUUAGUCUCUUGCAUCUCUCAGAACAAUGUCCCGUCUUUCAGAGUUAUGACCUGGUAUCAACAAGACAAAGAAAUUAAUCCACCAUUAAGUUUCCUUAAAGAUCUGCCUAGCUUUUUUCUGUCUCAAGACCCUAGAACAAGAGUGGAGAACCACAGGCCCAUGGUCACAUUAUGGCCCUUGCUCUAUCUGGCCCUUGAAACUUUUCUGAGGCCAUACCCUCUUUCUCCAGGGCACAUUUCUCAGUGGCCUUCCUUUACAUUCCCCCUGAGUGUUUUUGCUAGGCAGGAAUGUGUCCUUGAACUCUGAUAAUGACUCAUAAUUGGUUCAAUGGAGGAUCGAGUGAGUUGUCUCUAUGUGUAGACACUAGCCCACAGUACAAAGCUAAAAUUAAAUUUGUUGCUCCACCCACUUUUGCCCCUGCACCUGCACAUGCUCCUGCUCACCACUGCUAUGCAGCUCCCAAAAGGUUGCCCAGAAGGAAUGUGAUCCUUGGGCUGAAAGCAGUUCUCUACCCCUAGCCCUAGAAUGUGUAGGGUUAGCCCAUGAGACUGAUCAAGAGAACAUUCAGAACAAACCUGGAGUUCACCUAUGUUCCAAAAUCUGGUUUCAAACCUAUGGUACUGUACAUCCGCAGCAUAAUUUCAUAAUUUCAUAUAUAAGCAUUUUUAUAGUGUUAAAUGCAUUGUUAUAUGUAUCUGUUCAUGUGCUGGUUAGUUUGUGUGUAGCAUACAACAAGAAAUUUAAUAAUGUGUGUAGCAGUGCAUCUAACAUGUGAGAAUUGUUUGUAUAUUCAGCAGAAAGAAAAACUCACUUCAAGGGGCGAAAUGCAAAAUAGGAAAAAAAUAUGUGAUUUCUGGUUCCUUAACAUUAAUAAAAAGAUGUAUUGUUGGUCUAAUUCAGCAAAGGAUUUGUUUAUUUAUUACAUUUAUAUCCCAUGAGGCAUAAAUGGUCCUCGCCCUCCUUAAAUCAUCCUCACAACUACCUUGUGAGGUAGGUUAGCCUGAGAGUUGAGGAUCACAUAGCCCAAGAUGACCCAGUGGGGACCACAAUAUCCAAUAUCUGACUUCUCUUACAUUACACUUAUUCUUAUGUUAUGUUCUUUCUUUAAGCUUCAGCUUGGAGUGUAUGUGGAGAUAGCUGGAAAAGGGGUGAGUAGUUCUCAUUUUUAAAGAUGAUUUUAAAAUCCUCAGCUUCAAAGAUAAAGCAAUGUUCAGGAACGCUUUUGGAUGUCUAUUCUUGUUACAGUGUGAAAUGACUGAUCUUCUCUUUGACAGCCUUUAAAAUUGAAUAUUACAGAGACAAAUUUUGAGACCUAAGAGAGAUACUUCAUUUCUGCCUACAGCUGAGGUCUGACCUUUGCUCACUUGAACUAGAGUCCAACUGCUCUCCCCCAGGUAUGUUUUGGUUGGUGUUCUCCAGUCAUUUGAAAUUAUUGCAUGGGAAGUCAGUGGUAAAGUGACAGCUUUAAGAUGCCACGCUGCCAGGCAGCUUGCUUGGCUGGAAGCUAGAGCUGCAUUGAGAACAUUUGUAAGAGAGGCAAAUCUAAUAGCUACUAUUAGAUAUAGCCAAGAGGAAUAUUUGGCAGAAAAAGGAAUGUUCCAACAUCAGGCUGAUACCAACUCCUCCCUACACCCAAGGAAACAUAUAUACUAACAAGAUACCGGGUCCCUGUGGUGAAACAGGGUGCUCAUAAAAGCGCCAUAUUUCUUCUCCCAUGUAGACAUUUUUAUCAUUUCAUUGCUGCACUACUGUAACACACUCAAUAUGGGGGUUCUCUUGGGAUUGAUCCAGAAGCUGAAGAUGGUACCAAAUGCUGUGACCGGGUUGUUGAGUGGGAUCAAAGCACAGCAGAAUACCUUUGAAGCACAGGAGUACAGUCCUGCUCCUUGAGCCCUGAUUGGCCAGGUGGUUAAGACACAAUAGGGUCAAGGCUCGAAAAGGCAAUAUAAACCUUUCUUUAUCACAGCUGUGAGGUGGAUGCCUCUAAGGAGUCACCUCUCGGGCUUAACCAACUAACCACCCUCGCUAGCUUGCGUCCAAUUCCCAACAUCCCUAUCCACCCAUUCAAGCAAUCUCACCCACCUUUUGUGAGCUGCAUAGCUUUGCCUUAGAGCUCGUGGGUCCUCCCUGUCAUGGGCCAUCAUCCUCUAAAUGAUGUAGUUCUGACACGAACUUGGGAAGCUGGUUCUCUGAACCAGGAGGUCCUCUUGAGCUGAGGGGCCUUAGUUGCCAACUGCCUCUCUGGCUUCUCAAGCUCAUGAAAAACAGCACCAGUACCCUUAACCACAUGCUGCAACUUAAGUGUGUGCUGUGAUGCAGAUAGCCCUUAAAGCCCUUGUUCUGUCUUACCACGAUUAAUUCCUUGCCUAUCAAAGAGGUCUGGAAAGAACACCAUAAAGAUUAUUUAGUCUCUAGUAGACUCACUGGAAUGCUUCUUUCAGCUCAACGUGCAUCUCUCCACUCUAUCCAUCUUGCCACAAGGUUGUCGCCAUUCAUUAUUAGUGAAUACCUUCUGAGUCAUCAUUUGCAUUUUAUUCUUCCUGUGCAGAAGGCCUUCUCAUAGUUCACAAGGGGAACUUGCCUCUGCUUUUUGGGGGUCUGAAAUAAAAUAAUGGGAACAGCAUGAGCUGUGACAGUUCAAUUAGGAAGUGCUUGGAAUGGCAAUGUUUGCUAGAAGCAAAGAGUAUCUUGGCCUUGGAAAGCUUCCUGCGAAUGAGAAAUGUGAGGCCUUUGGCACAUUUUUGUAGAACAACACAAAAAUAAAUUAAGGAGUGGAAUAUGGGUAACCAAGCUGGAAAGCUGGAAGAGCAGCAGAAAAGCUUUGUCUAAAUGACUCUCUGUUGGCACGUUCUCAGUAACAACAGCAAAUGGUUGCUAAGAACUAUGCAAACUAUUUUCUCUUCUCAUUGUGCUUCUCUGCAAAGAACAACUUCCUUAGUUUGGUGAUUUGAUGUUGUUGGACUACAGCUCCCACCAUCCCUGACUACGAGUUAUGUUGACUGGAGCUGAAGGAAUCUGGAACCCAACAACAAAUGGGGAGGGCACAGAUUCCCCAAGCCUGUCCUAAGGGUUGUUUCACAUAUGAAUGUUCAUUACAUGAUCUGCAACAUCACCUGGGAGAAUGAAUCAUCAUAGAUAUAAUGCUGCAGGUAAUACUUUUCUGAUCACCAUAUGCCACCUCAAAUGCAAUGCUUUCCCAUUGAACCAGUUCACAUAUUUAGCUGUCAGUCAUCAAGAAUAGCAUUUGGAAUGUGCAUUAUUGCAUUACUGAAUUUGGUUUUUAACUAUCUCUGCUUUUUAUACAAAUUUAUUGUAGUAAUUUGUUACAUUCUGCUGCUAUUUUAAUAUGUUAUUGGUAUAUUGCGCAUGUUGUUUUAAAUUGUCAGUUUAUUAUUUUAUCUUUGUCAUUAGCUGCCUUGAGCUCUGCAGAGAAAGGAUGAGGUAUAAAUGAUUUAAAUAAACUGGGGGCCACUAGGGGGCGCAUCGGAAGAUGGCUGACAAUAACAUCUCUCCGACCCACACGAGGUAAUUUGGAGGCUAUGAUGGGAGUAAUUAGCCUCCCUAACCCCCCCCAGGACGGUGGGGAGGACUGCCCUUGCCUGCUGUGUCCUAUACCACCCCCGAAUUUGUGGGGAUGGGGGCACUAGGCACAAAGCCCUCCUGUGGGAUUCCGGCACUUCUGGACGCCGUCCCUGAUUCGCGCCACUAGCUGCAAGAACUUCAAAAGAAAACAAUUUGGAUGAAGGAAUGCACAUAUUUCAAGGAAGGAGGGGGAGUAAAGACUGCUAUAAAAGAGAUCUCUGAUAAAACAAGACAAGAAUAAAACAUGAGAAGAUACACCAAGACACGGUAUGGCAAAUGACUGAUGGGGGAGGGGAAAAAAAACUUUCCUUUCUUUUCUUAUGUGAUUAACAAGAAUCCCCUCCCCUCACGAGUUACGAGUCAGAAAUGUCGUUUUAAGGAUUUAAGCUGUGGAUUUAAGGCUGUGUGGAGAUAAACUUUCGAACCAAAGCAUGUUUAAAGAAGAGCGAGGAAUGUAUAAGAACUUGGGAAUGACGCAGUUAAAAAUGCCGUCACCAUAUUGGGAAGUUCUGUCGGAGGUCUUGAGUCUGGGAGGAGAAAGAGAGAAAUAGAGCUGUUUAUAUAUUGUGGGUGAAACUCCUCAGAGGGACUCAAGAGCGACAGUUUGGCGAGAUGGAAAGAGCGAUGUUAUCUAUGAAGGCGAUGAUAUAUGGAAACCAUCUCGAUUUGAGGAAUGGAAGAACGGAAAAUUCACACAGGAUUAUUAUUAUUAUUGGUGUUUAUCGGCUUAAGGAGACUAUCAGAAGAGAUCAUAAAGAAAAAAGAGAAAAUAUAUAAACAAGAUGUGAUGUGGAAACAGCAAGAUAAGACUGGAUUGAGUUAUGAACUUUGUUUGGACUGAUUUGGACUGAUUUGGACAUUAACGCAGUAGCAAGAAGAUGAUCAGAAUCCCCCUUCAGAUCUUGAAAUAUGGGUCCCCCCAACAAAAUUUAAAAUUUGGCUUUGUAAUUCGGAACUUAUGUGAUGUGAUUAAAUUUGAUUUGACUGGACGGUUAAUAAAAAUUAUUUUUUAAAAAAUGAUUUAAAUAAACUGAUUUUUCUGUUCAAUAAGUCACAUUCAAAGCAUGGAGGACGUACUCUGUUAGUAUAUAUGAUGUGUACUGAAUGCAAAAGGCAUUAUUAUUAUUAUCUAUUAAGUUUGUAUACUGCCCUUCAUCCAGAGAUCCCAGGGCGGUUCACUUACAAAAAUCUCAUACAAGGUGGUUCCGGCUCUUAAGCUUAUUUAGUUGAUACCACCCAAUGGCAUUGUUCAUUCAGUAUCAACAUGUUCGGUAGUAGUCUUUACAAGUUGCAUUUAACAGUAAAUGAACAAUAAUCAGAAAGACCAUUCUCCAGUGUGGUGUAGUUGUUAAGAGCGGUAGACUCAUAAGCUGGGGAACCGGGUUCACAUCCCCGCUCCUCCACAUACAGCUACUGGGUGACCUUGGGCUAGUCACACUUCUCUGAAGUCUCUCAGCCCCACUCACCUCACAGAGUGUUUGUUGUGGAGGAGGAAGGGAAAGGAGAAUGUUAGCCGCUUUGAGACUCCUUCGGGUAGUGAUAAAGUGGGAUAUCAAAUCCAAACUCUUCUUCUUCUUCAUUUUGUGCAUGUAUUUGUUAGGGCUAUGAAGUCUGAUCAAGAAACAUUACUAUUUGAAAAUCUGUUAUUCGGGAGGGUAUCACCAUUGAGGAUGUAAUGCUUAUGAUUAAAAGGUUAAAUUUGGCAGCUAUUAUUAUGUACAGUAGUAUUCAACAGGCCACAUCUUCUCCUUGUGUAUUAAGCAAGUAAGUUAUGAUGGCAUUUGGGGUGCUACCUGAAAAACACCCACUAGGAAAAGUUUGGUCUUUUCAGUUCUUAUUUCUGCAUCUCGUGUAGAUGUAAACAAACCUAAGAUAGAUUUAUCUGCAGGAAAAAUGUGAAGUCGAAGAAACCAUUUCCAUCACCCAGUGGGAGUCUGUGUUCAAUGCCUCUGAUUAUGGGGCUGUUGCACAUGAGUUUUUGAGCUGAUCAAUACUUUGAAAAUUCAGGCAGACUCUGUUUUUUAUCUUCCUUGCUCAAACUCCUAAAAUAUUCUUUCUCUUUUGCCAACACCUGAGACAAAUCAAUGGUUAAGGUAAUGAGAUCUUAUUCUUUGACAUAUUGUGUUAUUAGAAGAGUGAAAUGUGGGACUUUUAUGAGAUCAUUUCUGUUUGAACUGAGAGUUGCAAGUUAUGAAAUAUUGGUGGUGUGUGUGUGUGUGUGUGUGUGUGGAUUCAGGUUAUGCAUGUAGUCCUUGGUGGGAGAGGAAAAAAUGUUUUAAUAUUGGCAGGUUCCUUUGGAACCAGCCCUUUGGGGUUUGAAUUGUUUGUCACUUUAUAAUAUAUUUCAGGUAGAAGUAGAUUUCAUGUUGUAGUUACAGCUUAGACUUUUUACAAUAACAUGCUUUGUCAUGAAGUUGAAAUGAGCAGUGAAAUCAGAGUUUAAUAAACUGCAUGUAUGUGGCUAAGGCCAGUUCUCUAGGCUUCUCAUGACUCAGCAGCAGCCAGAGGAUUUUUGGAACCAGAAAUGCCAGUUUCCUGUAGUGUCUUGUACUCCCAAACUGUCAUUUAGCAGGACUGCUUUGGAAUUUACAUGGCAUAAUAUAAACGCAAACUAAAUAACUCUGUAUUUCUUGGAAAGUGGUAUUGAGCUUUCUGGAGGAUAUAAUAUAAACACAGACUGACUAAAGUUGCACAUGAGACAGAUGUUUUAUCCUCAUCAAGAACUUGGGAGAAAUUACCUAAAAUACAAACUCUAUUCCAUUAAAACUACCAGGAUUUGUGACACUAACAAACUAAUGUCAUUUAAUGUAUGAAGUAUGAGCCAAAACUGAUGUAUUAAUAUAAUCACAGUAUAAAUAUGACAGUGGUCAUAAUCCAAUCAAGGAUCUAAAUUUGUUGACAUUUAAAGAGAUAAUCCUUUAAAUCACCUGGCUAAUGCUCCUGUGGUUGGACAUUUGGGAACAGGAUACUGGACUAGAUGGGACAUUGUCAACAAGCUUUCCUUAUGCUUUUAUGAUGGCUGAGAAUUGCAUUAGUCAAAUGUGCUGUAACUAGCUUAGAAAAUAUUAACUAUGUGUUAAAAUGAAGCCAUUACUGAAAAAAUAGUUAAUAGUUAUAACCUCUCAAAGUUAUAUUUUGGAAAGAUUUUUGCACCUUGAUAGACAUGUUCUACAGUGGAGAAGAGGCUAAGCAUAGACAGAAUAAAUAGCCAUACAGUGGUACCUCCGUAUAAGUCCGCCCUGUCCAGCAUCCAUUUCAGCUGAUGUCCACGGCCAACCCAGAAGUACCGGAACGGGUGACUUCUGGGUUUGCCACUUGCGCAUGCACAGAAGCGCAAACUGCUCCACGUGCGUGCACAGAGCGACGCUGUGUCGAGCAUCCUUUUCCUCAUAAGGAAUUAUGAGAGUAUAAUAUUGGGUCUAUACUAUGUCUAUCAUUGACUGUAAAAUCUUAUCUGGUGAUAAUAUUUUUCAUUGAUGCAUCAUAAAAGGUAAAGGUAAAGGGAACCCUGACUGUUCAGUCCAGUCGUGGACAACUCUGGGGUUGCAGCGGUCAUCUCGCUUUACUGGCGAAGAGAGCUGGUGUUUGUCUGCAGACAGCUUCUGGGUCAUGUGGCCAGCAUGACUAAGCCGCUGCUGGAGAACCAGAGCAGCACACAGAAACGCUCUUUAUAUUUGUUCUCAAUUCAGUGAAAAUUCUUACUGAAAAUUCCAUUUAUUAAAUAUAUGAAUAUUUCAGCUUCAUAAUAAAAUUAGUACUUGUGUUGGUGGUACAUACUAGAUUUUAAUCAUUUCUGACAUUAUGUUCUCUCAUCCUUGUAUUUCUUUCUAUUUAUAAUAAGAUUGUGAGGUUGCCUCCAACUCAUUUUGAUAAGAGAGAUUUUCUUUAGCAUCAAAUAAACAAAUUGAAUGACACACAAGUUUCCUAAAUAGCACACGAUAAAGUGGAAAGGUUGAGGUCAUGAUUGUUACAGAUUAAGCUUUGAAGUCCCAUUCCUCAUCAAACUCUUCAGCCUUCUAGUCAUUGCAAACAUAAAAGAAAAUUCUGGUUCCUGUACCAAAGGAUUUAGAGCAGGGAUGGGAAACCUGUGUCCCUCCAGACAUUGUUGGACUUCACUUCCCAUCAGCUCUGUCUAUUGGCCAUGGUGGCUAUGGCUAUGGGAGCUGACGUCCAACAACAUUGAGAGAGUCACAGGUUAGUCAUCUGUCCAGAUCCUUUACAUAAAACAAGAGAACCCCUGUGGAUGCUAUGCACUACUGACAAUAAGUAUUCAUGAAGAAUUUAAAGAAGCCCCAUGUGUACAAAAAUGUAUAUAUUAAGGAAAGGGAUGUAUAAAAAUGAUUAUAUAAGUGAAAAUAACAUUAGUAUGUAUUAUAUAUAUUCAAAGCCAUAUACCCCAAAAUGGGUACAGUGGUACCUUUGGUUACAUACGCUUCAGGUUACAGACUCCGCUAACCCAGAAAUAGUGCUUCAGGUUAAGAACUUUGCUUCGGGAUGAGAACAGAAAUGGUGUUCUGGCAGUGCGGCACAGCGGGAGGCCCUAUUAGCUAAAGUGGUGCUUCAGGGUAAGAACAGUUUCAGUACGGACCUCUGGAACGAAUUAAGUGCUUAACCCGAGGUACCACUGUAUAUUAGUCAAAACGUCAUACAAAUAUGUUAUAGUAGGAGAAAUUCACUCUAACAUGCUGAUUAAUUGCUAUAGAAAUGUGGAGAAUUGAAUUUAAGACUGGGCGCAUGACAAACUGAAAUGGACAGCUUUGUCCAUUCCUGCUUGUAACUAUGGCUUGGUUGAGUCUGUUUCCCUCUGGCUACAGUGCCAAUGCAGCAGCCAGAAGAAUUGCUGGCAAAAAUGGGGCGGGGGGGAAUACAAAGUAUAUGCUGAAACAUAUUAGUAUGUUUGCAGUAGCAUGCUCAAGGUUCAAAGUUUCUUAACUUCCACUUGACUAGGCAGAAGACAGAUUUUAAUAGCAGAGUUUCCAGCAUGCAGGAAGCAACGAAAAUCAGUUGGAAACUGCAUCAUUUUCUGCUCAGUCAGCACCAGCUCAGGCAUCGCUUGCCACAUCCUUUAUCCACCCAUCAUUUCUCAGCUAUGACUGUAUCAGCACUCAAUUUGCAAUUCAUGAUUCCGUGGGCAUCAUUUCUUUAAAAAAAUGGGGGUGCUUCUUAUUUCUCAACGUUUGUGAGGCUGAGUGAACUCAGUAUUAAGGUAUAAAAAGUCACCGACUCCUGGCCAGUAGCUUUCUCCUAUAAUAUUCCACACAACAAACCACCACAAAAAUAAGAUAAAAGAUUUAAGACAAAUAAUUUAAAAAACAAGUAAGCGUGAUUCAGAUAGAGCCUUAUCCUUCACCAAUUUAUCUAAUCUCCUUUUAAUUCCAUUUAAGUUGGUGGCCAUCUCCACAUCUUGUGGAAACAAACCCCACAAUUGCUACUGAAGUAUGACAUGGAUUGAGUAGGCGUUAUGUCUAAUCAAGUGCAAGGGAUUAAAUGAGUUUGGUGAUAAAAUUGGGAUUCUUUGAAGAAAAAUGUUAACCCCCCCCCCCAAAAAAAAGGUGGGGACAGGGCAGAAGGAAAGCUGCAUUUUUUCAUAAAUUAUGCACACUUUUUUAAAAAUGAAUAAAAGAUACCAGCCUUCUGAGACAAAUAGAUAUUAGGCUAUAAUCAAUCAUUCAUGUCAUUUAAUCCAACCGUAGCUCCCAAUACGAAAUUAGACCCUAAAGCUUUACCUUUUGUUUGAGUUCUUUUGGGCUUUACACCUCUUUUUUUUGUCACUUAGGUGGCUGGAUAUUUAAGGCAAACAAAUGCGAACUAUCAAAAGUGAUUAAUUAAUGAACAGUUUACAUACACCCAGGACAGCAAAAAGCUGUGCUUAUUUGGGGGAUACAGACUAUUCUAUGUGGGCCUCUACUGCCCUAUAGAAGUGAUCAUAAAGCUAUAUGAUCCUGGAAUGAUAAAUUGUGCAUUAUAUGAAAUCAUGGGUAAAGCUAAAUUGAUUUAGUCUUGUGCAUCUAGGGCAGGGCAAUGAAUACAUCUUUAAAAUAGCUUUGUGGGCUUUGCUACAAAGGAGAACAAAGAGAAGUCUGCACUUUUGGAAAAUGUAUAACCAAAUGAUACCUACAGCUGUGGGGGGGAAAUGGUCUGAACAAUAAUCAGAAUGCAUCUCCACAGAGGACUAUACUUGAAAGUGUCCUUCCCUAAAGUAUUACAUGCAUUUCAGCAUUGAAAACAGAACACAAGAUUGCAUCUGAAGGGUUGCAAUGAGCAUAGGUUAAACUCAUGCCAUUUCCUAUUCAUGUUACAAUCUUGGUCAUGAGAAGAGAUUGAGGAAAGAGCAGAGUGAGGGUUUUCUUUCUUAGCUCCCACUGUGUCCCAAUAAUUGAUUGUUGUCUGCUGUGAAUCUCCGUGUUUUUGUUUCUUCCUGAAUGGGGAACAGGAGGCUAUUUUCCUGCUAUCUACUGUUUUUAUUCCAAAGUAUCUACAUUCUCUGCUCUAUAUUUAUAUUCAAUAUUGCUCAGAAAGAGAGGCCUGAGUAUCACUAAAUGCCUUAGUAGGCCAUGAUGUGAGACCCAUACAUAACACAGAAUGCCCUAGAGAAGUACAAUGUGUUCAGCCUGAAACUAUCCUCUAAAUCAAAGCGUUGGCACCAAAGGUAUAAUAAAAAGAUACAGACUCAAUUCCCCUCUCUUCUUGGUGUCUAAACUUGCCUACUAUUAUUUACAAAGGAGAUACAAGCAAUCAACAUCCAUGCCAAGGCAACUGGCUCUGGAGUGGCUCAUGGUGACAGUGGGGUUAUCCCAAUAUGUCACCGAUUCAAUGCUUAUGGCAGGCCACACUCUGGACCUUGUUUUCUCAACUGGGCAGGAAGAAGGUGAUCUGGAAGUGAGUGGGGUAUUGAUGCCAGUCCCUUGUCAUGGUAAGAUCACUUCCUGUUGAGAUUUAGGCUUUCAGCACCUUUUAUUCUGCACAGGCAGGGGACCUAUUAAGAUGCUCAACCGUCAAACGCUUAUGCAUCCAGUGGGUUUCCAGAUGGCUCUGUGGUAUUUUCCAGCUGCUAUGAUAGGCACUCUUGUCAAAGCCCUGGUCAACCUAUGGAACAUCCAAAUGGCUCAGGUCAUUGACCCAAUCGCCCCAAGCAUCCUCUCUCACUUUGUGGACCCCUUUUGGCUCCCUGGUAUACUCCAGAGCUCAGGGCGAGUAAACAAGAUAUGUACAUGUUUGUGCAUGACCAUAUAUACCUUAGGAUGUUGAAGCUGCAACCCAUCUCCUUGUCAUUUUGCUGAAUUGAUAGUGUGUAUAGCCUGCAUUUUAGAAUGAUCUGUGGUGGAACACUAAAAGCCCAUUUGGGGUAAUAAAUGUAGAAGGGCAUGCAUGCUUUUCAGUGCAUUCAUGCACUGGAGUAGUUUGGAAUCAACAUGGCUCUUAUUCUUGUGACCACCAUAGUAAAACACACACACAAGAAUAUAUAUAUAUAUCUAUUUCUCUGCAAUACUUUAAACAUUUUUAUUUUCUGAUAUAUCAUUUAUUGUAUCACUUUUAUGUGUAAUUUCUUCGUCUUUUUGGGGGGGGAGGUCAAUCAUAAUUUGGUUUAUACAGCAAAUUUUAGUAUUGCACGUCUGUGAUCCCAAGCACUUUCAGGAAAAUAAAUUACUUUGAAAUCAAUGAAACUAACUUCCCAAUAAAUGUUCUGAGACUAGAAAAUCUGGUCGUAAGAUUUCGCAAUGCAUUGAGAAAGGGGCUUUCAAUCUAUAAAAAGGAGGGUUUUUGUGCUCCUUGAUCUUUCACAACCAUUUCCAAAUCUGGAAGAGACAGGAUUCUCACCAAAGUAAGUGUGACUGAGUAGUCUGUCUCUUUAAAUUUAGUGCAAUGUUGCAUUCUGCUUAGAUAGCAUCACUGUUGGCGGUUGCAGUAGCUGACAAAGUGUGAAUCACAAGAAGGUAACCAGAACGAGAAGGAAACAGAAAACUAUAAAUGGAGCAAGUCAUAAGAAGGCAGAAUCCAUUGUAGCAAUUUAUUGAAGACUGCUUCUUUCUUUACAGUAUGAGUUCAGCUGCAUGGGGCUGAGUCAAAAUGGCCCCUCUUUGGAGAAAGUUGGGGGGACCUGUCAAUAGGCACAAAAUAAAGAGACAAGCUAUUGCCAAAAGGGAUUGCUUUCCUUCUGCUGCUGGGCACAUUAUUUUUUACCCACCAGAUUGUGGGAAUAGUUCAUUGUCUCUUUAAGAACUGGAGAGGAAAUGUUAGUCAGAAGUGGUGGACACCAGUCAGCAGGACUUUGUAACAAAGCACAAGGAAGCAAGGCCUACAUUUGUAGUCUUAUGUCUAGAAAUGUUUUACCUUUAUAAAAAAAAAUAUUUUGCUUGUAAUAAAAACUUGCAAUCUAAACCAAAACAAUACACAGAUGUGGAGGACAGGAAACAGCUCCCUGCACUUUAUGUACUACAGUAAGCCCAAAACUUACAUGGAGGUUACAGCCCAUUGAUCGUCUUUACUCCCUGGAUGCCCACCUCAUUUUCUCCUGUUUUUAAAUUUUAUUUAAUUUUUAUUGCCCAGUGCGUAAAGCUGAAUGCACACAGGUUAAAUGCACAUAAAUUGUGGGCUUACUACACUUUUGUUUGCAUGUACUCUCAUAAUGAUCCUUUGAGACGGAGAAAAAGGGAUCUAUGCAACAGUGCCCAGUAAAUCCAUGGAAAUCUUCUUCAUCUCCUGACCAUACAAAUUCAAGUCCAACACAGAUUUCCCUACACAGAUUAAACCACACACAUAUGAUUUACAGGUGGAGUAACAGCAGGGUCAUACCUGUUUGCCCAGCUACCAGCAUUGGUGGUCCCACUGCCUGCACCCCCCUAUGUGUUGAGCAAGGCAUAUAAGCAAGAUUCAGCUAUGCAUACUGUUGUAGACAUAUAGGUGCUCCAUAACUGCAUAGAGGGGAGGAGCUGGCCUUCCUUAAUGAGAGCUUCAGAGCCAGCCUAGAAUGUCACCACCCCACCCAAUGCUCUCCUAGUUCUGCCUCUUGGAAUGUGUAAGGUUUCCAAACCUUACCUAGUCCAUCCCAGUUCCAUUCUUACUAAAACAUAAACAAAAUUGUUGUCUGUGUCUCCUCCCCCAAAUUUGGGCUCAAGUUUUUUACAGCUGUGUUCAGUUUUCUGUUUCUUGUCUUUAUUAGUACUUGUCACAUGUAUGCAUGUGCUGCAAGUACAUUGUACACAGUCCAGGGUCGAACAGGUCUGGACUAGUCCAGACUGGAUCAGGCCCAUUCUGGAUGUACAACUUGAAGCCCCAAUCUGUGCACAGCCCUAAUAAAUAACCUACAUUUUGGGGCUAUCAUGUAAAGCGGUGUACUGUACUCAGUCAGAUAAAUCUUACUGGCUCUCUACUACAUCAGUGAUUCAAAAAUGAUGAGUUGGUCACUGAAUGCUUGUGAGUGAAGCCCCAGAGACCAUAUGCUGCAAGUGGAGAAAAAAGAAGGGAUCAUGUCACAACUGCCAGCUAUCAGACAAAGCUUCAAAUUCUGUUGGUGGUAUUCCUUACUUCAGUAUUAUAUAAAACAAGUCAAGGCUUCAAGAACAAACCAGGGCUGUUUUACACAAUACAACAAAUCCCACUUCACGAGGCAGAUACAGUUUCUGUAGCAAUUCUUUUGAUUUCUUUUAUAACAUUACCUCCAGUGGUGCUGCCUGAGGUGCUUCUUUAAGUGCUGUGAUGCUCUGCAGUUUGCUAUUAGAGAGAGAGAGUUCAGUCAGUGUUUCCGUGUAACAUGUCCCUCCAUCCUACAUUAAUGCUACAGCAGUGACAACCAACUAGCAGAGCAGUACUCAGCACCUGUCUGCUAUCUAGCUCACGUCUUCCCAUCAAACUUGUCUGCAGGAGAGAAAUUAGCUAAUCAUUGAUAGGGCAUGUCGUUGAAUAAAUUCCAAAUUGCUGCUGGUGCUUUUUAUAAAUAAUUCAAAAUAAAAUGAACGCUAAAGCAAACACAGCUGUAGCUCACACUCCAUCGCCCACCUGCUGAUGGUACAUCUUAGCUGGCAUCUGCUCAUGCAAAACUUGUACGCCUUCCACGUCCUCCUCCCCUUCCAUAUCCGUACAAUGUCAGCAACCAUGAAUACUCUCUAGCCUUCUCAAGCAGUGCAAUUUGGGUUUCGAUUGGUGGCAUCAGCUGACACAUGAAGGCUUCAUUCCUUUCCAUCGACCAUCAUAUUCUAUUACUUUCAAUUCAAAUGUCUCUAUUGAUACACAUCUUUUGGAAAGAGCCUGAGGCUAGUGUGCAACAUGCUCAUGCAGUUGCUUUUACAAAAAAGAUGUAGAAGGAAGAACCAUUUGUGUUCGCUAUAAAUAGAAAGAGAUAUCCUGUCAUGAAGAAGACUGUUGGUCCAUAGAGGAACACUGAAAGUUGCCUUGUACCAGAUCUUCACUUGAGAUCCCUGAGAUUGAAACAAUGACCUUUUAUACACCAUCGUAUGUGCUCUCCUACUAAGUUAUGUCUUUAGCAUUUCUCCUUUUAUUAAGUGGACAUUUGUGUGUCUCCCAUGAUUCUAUUUCAGAGUUAGAGCACAUAACUAGAAGCAGGAAAUGUUUCCUCACCUGAAAUUGUGAUAAAAAGGGAGAUCCUGAACAUAUAGUGUCAUGACUAUUUGAGACGAAAUAGGUUUGUAUUAUGAUCCCAGAAGUCUCUUUUCUUAAUAACUUGUCAUUAAUCCUUUCUUCAUGACUGGAUUGCUGUCUAUGAACUCAUUGAAAUAUUGAAAAACAACAAAAAAGAAUUCAUUUUUAUAUUAAACUUGAUCCGUAUAGCUAAUAUCUCAUUGUACCAAGGUAUUACAUCUUAACUCUUGUGUUUUCUAAUUAGUGUCCCCCAAUAGGGUUAGAUACUUACUUACCUGGUUUAAGAAGAAGAGCCUUUGCUUGCUAACAUAAUAUGAACACAUAUUUGGAGCUUCAAAUCAGUCAUAUUGGGGAUCACAGGUAAGAAAACUGUAUCUUGGUUUCAGAAAUUCAUUGUUUAGUUGUAACCUGGAUUUCAUUGUUUAAGCAAAGAAAGCAAUAUUUCUCAAGUUUAAACAGGUUAAUAAUGAAAAAGAAAAAUUAAAGUUUAAGAACUUUUUUUAUAUACAAAAAAAGUCCUGUCAAGUAAAGGCAUAUAAUCUUUGCUCAGUCAAGUAGCAGGUUGCCUGUGAAGGUUCAGAACUGCUCAGAACAGCAUGUGUGUUUGGGGUGGGGAAUUUGACAGCUAUUUUUUAGUCAAGUACAAAUCAACUAGGAUAAUAGACCAAAAUGAGGGUAAUUCGUAGGAGGGAAAGUAUAUCUUUAGUAGAAGCUAUCUUUAGCAGAUGCUAGAAAGCUUGGAAAUAUCAUUGGAACGUCUGUUAAAACACAAGCAUUUCAAUUACUUAUACUAGCAAAUCCUGCCAGUGUUGUGAAAUCAAAGAUGACUUUGAAAGGUAAAAAUAUAGAUUACAAAAUACACAGCAGGACUUGUGUUUAGAUCCGUAGCUUCCAAAUAGUGAGCUCAAUUUGUAAUCAUUUGAUAGAGCUCUAGGAAAUACAUCCUCUUUUCCCUCUUAUCAGAAGCAAAACAAGAACUCAUUUCAUAUCUCGAGGUCCUGACUGCAACAGCAUUAUUUCUUUCCACUCCAGGAAUAAUUAUCAUGUUUUAGAUCCUUCACAUUUUUGGCACUAAUAGUCUUUUGUGCUCUAAACACAACAACAAAAUCUCCUGGAAUUGUACAAAGACAAGGGAAAGGCGACAGACUUUAGAAGAAGAUACGGUAAAGUAGCCUAUGGAAUAGGGUGUAUUAGGACUGCUUCAAAAACAACUUUAAAAAUAGAGCCUCAUUUUCUGAACUUCAAAAGGUCUCAUUACUUUAAAAAGAGACCUGUGGGUUGAUGAAAGAGUGGUAUGUGUCAGAGAAGAUAAGUUUCUGCAAUUAUAUUAUUCAAUAUUUUAUUGGGUAGAAUAGUUCCUAUUUUAGUAACAAGUACUGUAGGGUAAUAAUAAAAAAGCCCAAAUGGUUAUCUCGGUGAGCAGUCACAACUUCUGAAGUUGAGUUGCUUUGUGAUGAACAGAAAUGGUCCUAGAGGAUUACUACCCAGUCAGAAAGAAAACCGGUGGUGAAGAAAGGCCCAGUAUGUAAUAGUAGGUGGCAUGCGGGUAAACGAUGUUUUUAUAGAACUAAUUGGCUGAAGAAUGGAACAGGAAGGAGCAUGCAGGGAUUCUAACAGGGCUGAAUAAAACACUGGAUGGCCAUAACCCCUAUGAUUCAGUUGCAUAAAGUGGAAACGCCAUGUUACAAAUGAACCUGGCUGUUGGUCACAUCACAAUAUGAGAGGGAAGGAUUGGGUAAGAGCACCUCUCUCUAUGCUGACCUUAGACCAGGGCUAGCUAACCUUUUUUAUGCCUUGGGGCACACUUAGGAACGAUUCGCCUCUGAGGGCCACAUGCUACUGCAAGCUGCACAUGUGGACAGUUAGACACACAGAGCAGAGGUCCCACCCAGUUUUCUAACUCCCACUUGCUAGAAUUCCUCUUGUCUCUCCAUCCUCCCCCCCCAUCCUCACUGUGCACAUACAGCACAUUCAAGCACACAGCUCUUGCACUCAGUCAUUCACACUCAAACCGUUUAGAUAACGGCCAGACGUAGGGUGAAUCUGGUUCAUGUCAGCUCAUCCCUAAGAGACAACUGUAUAAGUGUUGUCAUUUAAAUGGUAGUUGGAUUAAGCUUGGCAAUAAACAUUCAGAAAUCAAUGGCAUCUAUGUAAUAGAGACCAAAGGGCAAUUACAUACAAAACAACAACAUUUAGAGAGGGGUGUGAUGUACAGAUGUUUAUAUAAUAAUGUCUGUAAGCCAGGUCUGGAUAAAUAAAGUUCCUGUUUUUAAAAGCAGGACCGAGCUUAAGUUUCUUUAAGUUCCAUUUUCAUGGUAAAAAAAAAUGUUGUUGACAAUCAGUUCUGUUUGUUGCAUCUGAAUCAGGUGGGGCCAUACAGGUUCUGGAUCAGUGCCUGAGCAGAGUAGUGGUUUGGAUAAGGGCGAAUAUGAAGUCGAAUUCUGACCUUUUCUGGAGCACUGCAAAUUAGUGCUCCUGUAAAGGUUGACACAAAUAGGAGGGGACGGGAAAUAGUAACAAAAAUACCAGGAGUACUUCUGUCACUGCACUCCAGGGAAAGAACCACAGCUCAGUGGUGGCGUGCAUGCUUUGCAUGCAAAAGCUGACAGCUUCAAUCCCUGGUGUCCCCAGUUAGGGCUGGGAGAAACACCAGCCUAAAACCACUGACAGUCAUUGUUGACAAUACUGAACUCGAAGCAGCUUCCUAUGUUCUUGGGAAAAUCUUAUGCUACUGAGACUCAGGGCUGUCUUGGUUUUUUUAUUCUUAAAGGUAAAGGCCACAGCCUCCUCCCCUCCAACCUGUUGGAUGAGCCCUCCUUCCAGUCACUGUGAAACUUGUUUUAGUAGGCAAUGUAGGUGGUGGCUUAAAGGCAAUGUUUACCUUGCAUUCCUUCUACAGUGGUGCCUCGCAAGACGAAAUUAAUCCGUUCCGCGAGUGUCUUCGUCUAGCGGUUUUUUCGUCUUGAGAAGCAACCCUAUUAGUGGCUUAACGGAUUAGCGCUAUUAGCGGUUUAGCGGCUAUUAAAGGCUUAAAGGCUUAGCGGAUUAGCUGCUAAAAGGCUAUUAAAGGCUUAGCAGCUUAGAUAAAGGGGGGGGAAGUGGAAAAAAAAUCUCAAGACUCGCAAGACAUUUUCGUCUUGCGAAGCAAGCCCAUAGGGGAAUUCGUCCUGCGAAGCAACUCCAAAACGGAAAACCCUUUCGUCUAGCGGUUUUUCCGUCUUGCGAGGCAUUCGUCUUGCGGGGCACCACUGUACAGGGAUGGGGGCGAAUGGUGUCCCAUGUGCUAAGCUGACUGCUAGACAGCUACAGCCUCUGAAUGAAUGAUGAUGGUGAUGUGGGGGGGGGACUAUUUUCACCCAAACUCAUCUUGAGAUUUUGCCAUUCUGAAUCGCUGAGCUAUCAUACGCAACUGCCUAGGUACAUUAUCGGGAGAACAAGUUAGUGUAAUUGAAAAAUAACUACUUUGUCAUCUGUAGUAAGCGCCUAUAUUUGGCCAUAAAAAUGGCAUCCCCAGUGCGUGAUUUCUUGGGUUCUUCUAAUUAUAUUUUAUAGCUAUUCUGGUUUCCGUCCAGUUGUGCUUUUCUUUUAAUAGCUCCAGGAACAUCCAGUAAUAAACAUUAAAAGAAAUUGCAGAAUGAUCAGCCACUACUUUCCGCAAGCUGUACUGAUUAAAUUCCUGUAGUCUCAUUUUCAUAACAAAGCCCGAGACAGAAAAUAGUACACUCUGAAUCUUCCCUUGACAAUGAUUAAGAUAAGAACUGAAAAUAGCAUGAAUGAAACCAAUUUCUCCAUUUCAUCUUUGUUAGUGUAUGGCUGACUUAGUCCUUUGAUCUUUGUUCACUCUGCAGGAGUCAAGACAUACAACUUACAGAGAUGAUAUUGACAUGCUUUAUCUUUGGUAAAGUAGGGGGUUCAGUCUCUAGCAAUUGCCUUUCUAAAUGUCCUUGGGGAAAAAUGCAAGAUCCUGAUCCUGAUCCUGCCGGUGCUUUCUGCUUCUCCACCUCACUCAGCAAUGACUUACAACCAUGCCUUUGGUGGACAUAAGGUAGAGGGCAGAGGAUAUUUCAGCAGUACUAUUAAAGAAGCAGAAGCCCUCUUCCGCUUUUACAUCUUGCCAUGCUAGAAACAACAGAGUUCCCAGGAGCAACAUUUUACUUUGUAAGUAAUAAUACAUUUAAGUGAAUAAUAUCAAAUUCCUCAGGACUACAAAUAAUACACAAGUAGGCAAUCUUGAUCAAUUUGUGUAGAUUUGAAUGGUUCCCCCCCACACACACCCAGAGAUUUUUUAUUUUCUGACAUUCCAAGAGCAGAUUUUUUCUCUCAAAUGGAGGUAACCUGUUGCUCUCCAUUUCCACAGGUUUAAUUUAAGCAGAGAGAAUGUGUAGGCGAACAUACUCAGUUCAUUGUGAUGUUCAUAGCAGAACAUAAAUAUAUCCAGCUAAAUGUUAAAGCUAGGAUGAAGUGCUGGAACAUAAAAUUAUUUUCACAGUUUGACCAAAGAUCAACUCAGGGGAUUAUAUUAGGAAAGAGGGGAGCUUUGUCUUUAACUAGUGGUGUGUGACCUGCAAUUGAUUUUGAGUUCUCAAAAGUAAGGAGGAAUACAAAUGCUUGCCACUUUCUCAUGCGUUAAAAGGUUUCCCCUUGGAAACCACAAUCUAUUCUAGGUGCCUGUAUUCAGAUUCUAGUAGACCCUGAUUUGAACACUGUAUCUAGAUGCAUAUCUGGUAUUUUAAAUAAUUUUAUUAUUUUCCAUUACAGUAUUUGAUUUUGAAAUAUGGUUAAUCUAAAAUCUCCCAGUGCCAUAUCACUGUGCAACAAUUUAGGACUAGCGAUGAUGUGAUAAGCAAUUGGUUUUUACUGUUGAAAAUGAAGAGGGUUCAGAGAGUAUUGGUGGUUCAAUGAGUGUUGGUGGGAAAACUUUCUCUGCCCCACAUUUCAGUUGCAAUUGGUUUAUUCUUUCAAAGCAUUUUCAGUGACUCCACAGAAAUGGGUUGGAUUUUUUCUCGAGUAUUCCCUGAAAUAUUUCAAGGACUUGGCCUAUUCUGAAUUCUUCCCCAUCAGUCUUUUUAAUAUGUCCUCCAUUUGUCUUCUCCCUGCUUGUGAGCAUUCCUGGACUUUCCCUCUUCUCAAAAUUUACCUUCCAGCAGCAAUGAGGGUCCUUCCAGCAUCAGUGACUGGGGAAUGAAGGGAUUAAUUAGGUCACAAUGCUUUACCAGUAAUACCCAACAGAAAUAUAUUUGGGAAUUACAAUUUGCCAUGGUUGUUGGGACUUUACUAUUUAAAAAAGGCCCAGAAGCCCUGUCGAUUAUAUGCCAGCGAUUAUUCCAACUCUACAAUUCUAUUAUUUGUUCUGGGAAAUUCCUGUAGGAAAGCUACAGGGGCAAAAUUGGUGCAUUGGUAACUACUAUGGGGCUCUCCUUGCCCACGUCUUGCCUUCCUCCAACCCCUCCACAGAAGCUUUUCUCUCUCAAUGCAAAUCACUUUCAAUACUGAAGCACAAGCCGUCCUUACAAAUUUGCAUUUUUCUGAAUUUUGCAAACCUGUUCCUCAGGCGAGCAGAUUGUACAAAAAUUCACAUAAUGAAAUAAAAUGCUCUUAAAAAUGCAUAUAUGAAAGGAAAAUACAAAAAUGCAUUAUUUCAAGGAAAAUUGAAUUUUUUUAAAAAAAAGCUUUCUGAGAACGAUAAAUAAGAGUGUGUGAUGUUUCUCCUUUAUUUUGUUGUUGGGGAAAUGAAUCCUAAUCUUAGACAGACUUUUUAAAAAAGUUAGAAAUAUACCCAAAAGCAGAUUUUACAGAUUAAGGGUCCAGGUUGUUCAAAUUAAAAGGUAUUUGAUCUGUGAGUUCCAGCAUGAACUCUCACUUCUGUUCAAAGCAGAGAAAAAGAGUUAUAGGAGUGUUUCCAUGUUUCACUGUUUCUUACUGCACUUCAAGGAGUGAACUCCAUUGAUACUAGUUAGAAUUUAUGGAUGACUUGCCUGGGCGAAUGUAUUUUUGAUAGCUCCCUUCCAAUUUCAUCUUCUGAGGUACAAGGUUCCUAUUCCCAUAAAGAAUAAAAAUGUAGGUUCUUUUUUGUCUACUUUUAUCCUCAUGGGAGAGCCUUUAAUGGCCUGUCUUUCAUUCCUUGCAGCUCCUGCAUAACUUUCUUCUGUGCAGUUAGAAGUAUCUUCACAUCAUCACACAAAUGGGAAGCUGGGGGGGAGGGGAAUUCAGAGAUUUGUAGCUUUGGGAAGUCUCUUGGCAACUGAUCAUGACAGUAUCGGUUGGGUUUAUCUAAAUUAAAAUUAAUGAAAAGCAGAUCUCUGAAGUAUCCUUGAAUAAAGGAUAAAUACCCUGUCCAUACUAAUACGUUCCCUUUUCUGAACCAAAGAAAUGUUUUCUUGGGCUGUAUACAUCAGAUUCAGAUUAAUUUCUAGCCACUACUGGUUUCCUUGAAAGGAUUUGGAGUCUGAGUCAAAGCAGGAUCCUUACAAGGCUGCAUGAAUUGACAAUCCAGACAUUAAGAAAAGUAGCAUGGCAUUGGGUCCCAGGAUCAGUUCAUCAUUCCACAAGCCCGAUGUUGAGGGAAUGGAUCUCCUGGUUUUGGACUGUUCCAAACCUGUACCCUGAGAGUCGGCCAUUGCUGUGGUGCAAGCCAAGCAAGCAAGGUCUUACUGGGGGAUUAGGGUGUAGAUUCCAAACAGGCAGAUACCAAACCCAAACUUAGGUUUGCUAUGGUCAAUCCUCCCCUGAGGCCCCUUAUGUGUCAUGAAUGAGCCAGCCACCAGGGAAGGUUUGCAACCAGACCCCAGUGAAGGUUUACAACCAGAUCAUAGUGAAGGUUUACAACCAGAUCACAGCUGAAGAAAGCUACCAGGAACAGAGAGGGUUAGCUGCCCGGCAGGAUGAGCAUCAGCGAGUGCCAACUCCCCUGCCCCUUGGAAUGCCAGUUGAUAAGAGAAUGGCUGAGGGCGAGUCGGAACCCAGCCAAUGCUCUACUGGCGCGAACAGAGAAGGAAGCAGUUUGUCAGAACAGGAAGGGUUUGGAGCUGAGCCAGUCCCUCCUAAGGAUAGGCCUGUUAGACCGGAAACAAGGCAAAAGGUGCAAAGUGAGAAAGUUUGAUAUCUUCUGUAACUGGACGAGAAGCUCAGAAGGGUCAUCAUGAUUGAUGAGGCUGGCAGCAUGUUAGAGAACUCUGUUUGUUUUUGCAAUAAAUCUUCCUUUUUAAUUAACCACACUUGCUGUGUUAUCAAGUCAGAAACUGGGACUCCUGACAUUAUGGGGGCCCCUUAUACUAUUCUAAUCCUGCCCAAUGCCAUUUCAACCCUCAUACAAACAAUUUCCUUCUUCCUAACAAAGGAAAGCCAUAAUUUCACUGAGGAAAAGGCGGAAAAAUACCCAACCAAGCGUCAAUCAGGUUGAGUGGGGGGAAAAUUCAUUUCUGGCCCUGUCAACCAGCAACCCAAAAUUGCUCAGUGAAGGCUCUAACCCAAGGGUGGGCAGGAAGCUCUCAAAGCAAAAUGGCUGUGAGCUCCAGGGGAAGCAGCUUUAUAUAGGAUUCCCCCCCCCCCCGCAGCAAGGGCUCAUGGGACAACUUUUUCCCAUGAGGCCAUCACACAGAGAGGAUACUGGGCAAAAACCUUGCGUAGUACUUUGCUGGAAUCUAUGGGCCACAAUGCCAUCGGGCAAAGGUGUCCAACACUUAUUGGGCAUGGAACAGGGCUUCACAAAAGGUAAAUGUGUGGUUGCACUUGUGCACCUUUAAUGUAUCAUCUAGUUUUGCCCCUAUUUGGUACAAUACCUUUUGUUCAUAUUAUGCUUUUCAUUUAAUUCCCAUAUUGAGUUCUGAAACUAUAAUAAAGUACCUGUGAAAUUUCCUCAUGCAGGUUAAUCUCCAUAUUCACAUCAUUUUCCCUUAAUGUUGGCUUCAUUAUUGAUAGCAACAUUGUAGAGUAUCACCACAGAAGUCAUCAUCAUAUGCCUUAUGCAGCUUUGAAACAAUACUAAUCACAGUUAUAUAGAAAAAUGACCCAACUAGAUAUUCUGUGUGUGAUAGUGUUGGCACCAAUAUUGAUCCUGACAAAUAGUAAAAUGUCCUUCUAAUAAAUCAAAUGUGCAGAUUUCAGCAAGGAAGUUUUCUACGUAAUACAACUUGGUAAUAUUUUCCUAUGUAGUAAGUAUUAGGUAUAAUUUCCUUUGUGUUGACUUGCACACAGCAGUGAUCUGUUAAAGUGAGGUACAUGAAGCUUAAGUUCUUAUAGGGCAUUUGUUGCUGCAGAGGCAGUCUUAGCGUAGCAUGACCAGUGCAGCUGUAUGGGUGCCACGCUGCAGGGGGUGCCACAACAAUGUUGUAAAACAGAGCAUGAGAGACAGGGGUGCCAAAUUUUAGCAUCAGCCAAAUUUGAGAGCCCCAAGUCCAUCACUGGUUGCUUUUUAUGCUGGCAAAGUCAGGGGAAAAGGUCCUUUGCCUGUGUCUCAGCAUGGUUGAAAGUGGAUGUGCAUAUUAGUGUUUAUAAGUGGAGCAGGAGAUAAGGAAGUAUGUUGUGGGGGGAUUAGGAAAUGUGGGGAAAUAAUUUUACACCCAAGCCUCUAGUGCUUAGUCUUCAGGGACGACAGAAAAUAGGAAGAAGUAAUUAAGCAAAGUAAUAGCUCCUUACCAUAUCCAAUUUAUGUACAGAGAGUGCUAGAGCAAUAAAUAACAGUAAAAAAGCAUGUGUUCUAAGCAUGCCAAUGGAAAUUUGUUCCAUUUUCCUAUUCAAGGUGAAUCUAAUUACCUAAUUUGCACAUUCUGAAAUAAUAUGUAAACUGAAACACAGCCAUCCUUCAAAAGCCACAUUUCUCUAACUUUUGCAGUGCAGUUUUCCAGCUUGUACUAGGGUAUAAUAUGCAUACAAAUGCAUAUAUUAGUGAAAUUAUAUUAUAUUAUAUUGAGAAAAAAUCAUUUUCAAAAAUGCAAGAUUGCAUAUAAAAAGUGUAAAUUAGAAGAAAUGGGAACUUAAUUUCUCAGGAAUGUUCAUGGGGGAGGGGGAAUCCGAACUGAUGUGAAAAUGUGAGAACCAAGCUUAUGAGAAACUGAGAGGAAACCAUUCCUACAAUAAAGUAGUGAGUAAAUUGAAUGGGAGUUUGAUGUAUGACUCUGCUACAGUUUUAAACUUUUUACAAUGUCCGGUUUUUUGGGUGCUUCCGUUUCCCAUGGGAACAUGAUUGUAAUAAGAGAGCAGGGACUUCCUACACUGAUGCGGAGCAGAUUUUGACCCUCAUUCCAGUGUGAACAGCUUGACUGUCCAUAUCUAGGACAAGUAAGCCAGUAUUGCCAAUGUUCCCAUCAACACAUCCUAUUGUGUCCAUGAAAGGUCACAGUAGAUAUCAUUUCAAGAAUCCACAAUGCAUGAGAGGCUGUUUGGUGUUCCUGCUUAGUUCCUGUUUAUAUUGGCUCAGCCUUACCCACAUUUCACUGGAUGUCAUCUUUUGAUACCUGUUGUCUCAUCCAUUCUAAGCAGAAAGAGCAACAGUGGCAGUGGCUUCUGUAGGUGGCUUUUUAUGAAGGUGGCCGAUGGGGCCAUUCCUAGACUAUUUUGCCAUGUGCCACACCUCCACGGCCUCCGUUUUGUGAGUGACAUCAUAAUUCCUCAAAAUUCUAAACGUAAGCUAUUGCUAAACAUGUCCCCUGUAUCUUCCAAAAGGGUAGAAGGCAUGGGCUUGGUCAAAGGGGAGGCAGUUGCCCCCCUUAGAUCAAGUAAAACAAUAUAAAUACUCAACUAACUGACCAAUCAUGUGGGUUUUGCUCCCCCCCCCCAAAAAAAACCCCAACCCUGACAAAGCCCAUGCAGUGGUGGACAAACUCCUCCAGAUUCAAUUCUGAUUGGGGAUAUCUGUUAGAGAAAGUGGAGAAUGUUCAAGAAAAGUUCCCAUUUUCUGUGUUCUUUUUUUUUUUUAAGAAUAGUUCCCUUCAUUAUACAUUUACUCUCCAUCAGUCCCAAGCAUCCUUACCCAAUUGCUUCUGCUAUUAUGGCUGUUGGUUGGUCUCCCAAGCCCUAGUUUAUACAAAGUAGAACGUGAAAUAGCUUGGAAGUAGAUUUACUACUGCCAUGUGUAGCUCUGUUUAUUUUUAAUGUAGAUUUAAAAAAAUGAACAUAUCUAGCAAAGCAUACUUUUGGAGCACACUUUCUAGAAAAAAUAACAAGACAAACUCAUUACUAGAUGUUGUGGCAACUUGACAUGUAGGCUUGGGUACUUAUAAUGUGUAAUAAUGCUGAAUAUUGGAAAUCGUAAUAGAAAUCUUGGCACAUAUUGCUAGAGCCUUAAUAGUUAUUUCUCAUUUCCAAUACUGAAAACAGAUGAGUGAGUGGUGGAAUAAAGGAAUGCAGUAAUUUACAAAGCAAGUUUGCUUAUGGCUAGGCAUGGUAUAAUGUAGAAUUCUCACAGUCAAUGUCCUGCGGCAGCAAUACAGAAUAUUUCGUUUAUGGCAUAGAUAUUGUUGCCCAUCUUUCUGUGUCAACAUAUAUUUUGCAACAAAUCCCAAAACCAUGCUCCAGGUAAUGUAUAUUUGGUUAGCUACCUACUAUGGGAUAUGUUUCUCUGUCUUUAAAAAAUGAAUGUGCAGUGCACAUUCCUGAAUUAAUUUUCUUAAAUGAACAGCUUUCAUUCAAUCCCAUCCUUCAAAAUAUCACAACAGAUGAUGAUGAUGAUAGAUAGAUAGAUGAUAGAUAUUCCUUGUGAGAUACCCUAUGUGCAUUUAACAGCUGUGCAGUAGGUAAAUAGCCAACAACUACAGCUUUUACUAGCAUGAAGACUGGAGGGUGUGAGAUUCAUUUAUUCUUAUUGUGCAGCUGUUAAAGACACGGGAACUCCACUACGGAAAAACAAGAAUUCACAGAAUCAUCUCCAGGAGUAGAAUAGUAGAAACCUGCUUUUGUGGCACACCAGCCACACACUACUGCUGGGGCAAUACCAUGUAAUUCUAUACCAUUUCCCAUUUGGUAGAACAGAAAUAGGCAGAUGAGUACUUGGAGUGAGUUGCAGGUUGAACUUUAUUAUAUUCCUCUCGAUUAUUCCCAUUCUAUUUAUUCCUGAUGUCUAAUUAUACAGAUUUCUGUUUUAUGAGGAAUAAGAAGCAUUCCUGGCAUGGAAAUCCUGACCAGUACAAGAAAAUGGAUUAAAUUACUCCCACAAUCCCUUACAAACUAACUGUUCUAUGCCAUAAAUAGAAAUGCAGUAACUCUCAGAAACUCUCAUUGGAUUAAGUCUGAAAUUUCCUGAUUUUUUCCGGGGGGGGGGGGACUUAGGGGAAAAAGAACCUGGAGGACCCAAGUUGUUCAGAGUUUUGUAAAUCAAUACAAGAGCCUUGAACCUAUGCUUGGUAGCAGAUGAGCAGCCAGUGCAGCUGUUUUAACAUUGGUGUCACAUGUUCUUGACCAGAAGUUCCCAUCAGCAAUCUGGCCACAAUAUUCUGCUCCAACUGGAGCUUUUGAACCAGACCCAAGGACAGCCCACAUAGAGUGCAUUUGAGUAAUCUAGUCUCAAGGUUAUAUCCCUGUCCAGGAACAGUUGUAGUUCCCAGAAUCCUUUGGGGAAAGCUGUUGCAGUUUGAAGUGAUAUCAUAGUGCUUUAAAUAUAUGGUGCAAAUAUGGCCCAUAUAAAUCUCAUGUAAGAGCAUAUGCAUGAUUUUCAGUGGGCAAAAUGCUAAAGAGUCUUCGACAUUUAUUACAGUCUGUUUUCUUACAGAAUGAAAUCUAUGUAGGAAAAUAAUUUAUGUGAAGUGAUGCCGACACUAUUAACACCGCGGGUAAAAGUGGUGAAAUCUCAUAAGAACAUCCCUGAACAUUGCAUUUAAUUUAGCUCACGAAAUUCUUUGGUAUCCAUUUAUAGACUGUGCAGAUGAGGGAGCUAUUUUCUUUUGUCUCACUUUGUGGCAUAAAUUUGAGGUCUCACCACAUUUUUCUUUAAAGCCUAAUUUUCUAAAUAUCAAAAUAGCUUACCCAGCAUGGUCUUUCUCCUGUCAGGUUUGUUGGAGAUGAGGUUAGCAGCAAUUUACAAGAGCCAUUCUAUUUUUGUACCUAAUAAUAGGGAGAGGCAGGCAAUCUUCUGGUGCACAGAUUCACCUUUUUCCCAGGGCUUUUCAGUUUGAUUCACUCACAGCCUUGUGCAAAUCAAGGUUCUUUUUAUUAAACAGCCCAGUGCAUUGUUUUACUUCAGUUCCCCACCCCCUCUCCCACACAAUUGAUGGCGAAUCUCUGGAAUUAAAUGGAAUGAGUGGCCUUUAAGUCGGGGAGAAGAAAAAAGUGUUUGGUGUUUGGAUUCAUUUCUAUGGCAACAGGAUGAGUAAAGAAUAAAAAGGAGAGUUCACAACAACAAAUAACAUGCCUGGUUCCCUUAGUGUGUCCAAUACUGGCAGAUAUUGCAAAAUGCAAGCAUUCUGCUACAAGUGUCAGCAAACAAGAAUGUGACACUUUUAAAGCUUAUUGAUGUAGAAGAAGGUGGCAAGUUCUGUCUAUUUCACCAUGAUGUUACAGACAGCUUACAUUUUAACUAUUUGCCUUCACAUGAUGGGGAAAGACAAAUUAGAAUGGCUUCAUAUGUAACUUCAUAUGUAUGUCAAAAAUGUGUCGCCCCCCCCAACGCUACGCCUCUGGUAGCGCCUCUUAAUUGUGCAACAAUUAAGGAAUGUGGAGCCAUAAAACUGAGCACCUUCUAUAUGGUCAGACUCUGUCUUACGUCGUAACAUGUGUGAGGUUCAAUUGCAUUGGUUAUUGGGGCCGAAUGGGAAUGUCUCGCAGGAGCACCAGCAGUCCUAUGACAAUACAUUGUAUAUGGGUUUGUAAAUAUUUCAAAGCACAGCUGCUAGAUAGCUAACAGGCAUCAAUUGACAGAAUCAUCUCUCUUUUGUGCAGAAAUAAUUUCAGCCCAGCUUCUAAGCUUGGUUACAUGUGCUGGUGUUUACCUUUUAACACCCUACUUAUCUUGGGCCAUCUUCUCCUGUACCAGUUUGUCCAUUCACUGAAGUCAUCAUCUGAGGCUCUUCUCUGGGUCCCUUACCUUCUAAAGUGGGUGAAUGGAGAAGGAGCCAUCUUUAGAAUACCCUCCACAGGAAGGCUUGCCCCAUUACACAGAAAAGUCCUUUUUAUUUUCCCAGGCUUUGAAAGCCUUUUUAAACAGUUCUGGGCAGUGUGCUUUAUUUUGUGUUCUUCUGCUCUGUGGUUAUUGUGUAUUGUUGUCCUGUGCUUGUUUUAUUGUGUAUUUCAUUUUUUCUAUAAGGUGCCCUAAGAAUGCAGUUCUGUUGGAGGGCAGAAUAUAA